CACAGCCACUCGGACAGGUGGCCACCUUUGCGCACAUAGCGCUGUUUUCUCUCACAAGGAACUGUCAUUUCAUGGCUUCAAGUAUUAACAUUCCAACCAGGGGGUACCCUGUGUAACAUAUCACCCAGUUUUGCCUGGAUAGGCUCCAGACUACCACGACCCUGCCUAAGGCCCUUUCCAUGCUGUAGGCAAGGAUCUAUUAAAUAAACAAAACAGAUUUCUGCACACAUUAAUAAAGAAAACAACCACAGGACUGCUACUCCUGAACUGCCAGUUGCCUAUCUGGAAGAAUAAAAGAGAGAGAGCCUGGUAAUCAUGUCUAUGAAAAGCAAAAGAAUCUCACUGAGGCGCAAAAGCAAAAAAAAACAGUUGUCUCCAGAGGAGCAUGUGUUGAAGACUCUGGGUCUUGAGGGUUGCCAGGAAGAGUCCCUGGACCUGACAACCAUGUUGGAGAUCAAUACCUGGAAUCCAGAGGAUCCUUCCCCACAGGCUCCAACCGAUUUGCCUUCCUCAUUUUUGAGGCGUCUCUGGCUUCUAAGUCCACAGGCUCGGAGCACAUGGUGCCAUACACCAGGCGAUACUACAGGACAAGAUGCAGAUUUUCAGUAUGCAGUUAACCCUUUAGAUCUUGUAACCUCUGUCUAUAUGUCUGCCAGCUACUUUCUACGGCAGGAGAUGACCAUUCGCAUGUUCCAGUGUCAGUUUGCUGUGCCAAUGUUGUUGCCUCAUGGUGGAUCUAAAGGCCAGGAAAACUUGCUCCUGCUUUCGCCUCUUCAAAGUGUGGUGAGGUGGUAUAAGCCUAAUUCGAAAGGUGAAGGAACAGAUAAUUUGGAAGAGAAGAUAUUCAAUACCCAAAUUCCUUUUUUGUCCUUCAUCAGGCUGGGUUCUUGUAACAUCUCCAAGUCCCAGGUGUUGAACCAGCUCAUCAGUGGUUCCCAAGGCCCAUGUGAAUCCUUCGUGCACUGUGGCAUGAAUGGAGGAAAACUAGACCGAAAGCUGUCAAAUGGCCUGGUGGAGGUCAUUUGGUACCUAUCCUCUAAAGAUCAUAAAUUAAAACUUUUCUCUGAAGCUGUAAUGCUAGCCAAUCUUCGGGGCGAUGCCACUAACUUCAGGAAACAGAACAAUUUCCUCAAUCGCAUUUCUUCAGUCAUUCUUGUGUUCUGUGGAAACCUUGAUAAAGAGGAGUGCCAUCUGUUGGCUUCCUGGAAAGGGAACAAUAAGCAUUUAAUUCUUGUAGACUGCUCUCAAGCUGACAAGGAAGUAAAUGGGGAACAACAGGAGGAUAGGAAGCAAGUGACUUUGCAGAAGCUUGCAGAAGAUCUGGAGAUAACUGUUCUGCCAGGGAGCAGGGCUGGUGCAGAGCAGGAGCUGGCAGAUAGAUUAAUUGAGGCAGUGAAUCAAAUGAUUCCAGAAAGUCUGCAUUCUAUGUCAUGGAAUGAUAUGACAGAUAUUGCAAAGGACCUAGGUAUCACAGUGGAUGAAAAUUUGCCCUGCCAUAAUGCACUGGCCCGGGUGGAUGAGGUGCUGAAGGGGGUCAAGGAGCAAGGAAGGACUAAAUAUAAAGAAAUCCAAUUACCCCUGCAGACUCAAGAAUGUAAGAAACUACUCAGCCAAGAAUAUGAUGCCAGACCAAAAGGCAACAAGACCGAGUUACAAAGAGAGAACAACAGCCAACAUGAAGAACUUAACAAUUACAAAAUGACAGCAGCCAUAUCAAGUUUUAUUAAUGCACUGUCAGCACAAGACAAACAAGAAAGAGCCUUCUUCUUACAAUGGAUUAAACUGGAGCUGGAUGCUUUGUCGCAAGAACUUUGCCUUUCUGUUCAACAAUCAAUAAACAGUAUAGAUGAAACACUUGACAAGAGUCCAGUGGAGAUCAAAGAAGGCCUAGAUUCUGUGUUAGAACUUGAAAUGCAGCAGCAGGAUUCCUUCCUUGGGCUUGAGCACUUCACUCAAGAGAUGCAACUGAUCUUUGAGUUGUCACAAUACAGCCCUAACAUCAUCCCACAGAAUGCCCUUCGCUUACCAGCCCUUGCUGCUGAGCUCCUCUUUUUUGGUCUUCCUCUAGAGCUGGUUGAUAGAGAAACUUCCACUAUUCCCCAAACGUGGUUGAACCAGGUUUUAACAGAGGUACAUAAGCGGAUACCGAAGGGAAAGCGAUUGAGAGUGUUGACAGUACUAGGCUUACAUAGCGCCAGGAAUUCCUCUGUGCUCUCUGCCUUAUUUGGCCUAACUUUCACCAUAGCAUACACAUCCAAGAGAAGUGCCUACAUGAUGAUACUUUGUGUACCAGAGAUCCUGAGAAAGGAGCUAGAUUUUGACCUUCUUCUUCUGAUUAACACAGAGAAGCUGAAAUGUCCAGAUGUAUUGCAGCAGAAGGAUCGGUUCAAAGAAGAUAAUGAACUAGCCACGCUGCUCAUUGGCCUUAGUGACGUGACCCUGCUCAAUCUACCAUUAGAAGAAGAAACUGAAAUACACCAAACUUUGCUGGUGAUGACAAAUGCUUUUCUACGACUAAAGGAGACUGACAGGAUUCCAUUUUUCCUAUUUGUUACUCAUGGCAGUGGCAUGGACAAAAAACUCCUGGGUUUACAGUUAAACCGGUUCACUAAGGUCUUGACAGCUGGGAUGAGCAAUCCAGCAGGGUCUAAAUAUUACAGCUGUCAGGACUGUGAGACUGAAAGUCACUGUCUGUUGACAUUGUGCCAAAACCCUGCUCCCAUGAUGCAAAUUGAUCCUGGCUAUAGCAAAGCAGUACUCAAGCUGAAGCAGCAUGUCCUGGCUAUGCUUUCUAAACAUCCAUCAAAAUCUCCGAAUGGGCUGCUAGAAUUUAUGGAUAGCACAUGUCAAUUGUGGGAGGCAGUGAAGAAUGACAAUAACAUUUUUGGGUUGAGAACCACUCAGGCUUUCUGCAACUUAUGUGCUGAAGUCUCCUACCUGGAGCGAGCUCUUCUCAGGCAUAUGGAUGAUUGGAUGGAGCAUGCUGAGAAUCUUGUUUCUCAGUUUAACAUUUCCACCCCUGCCCCAGAAACCAGUGAUGGAACCAAAGACAGCGAUAGCCUGUUAUCUGAAUUAAAGGAAAAGGCUUCAAAAGAAAUAAUGUCUGAAACAUCCAAAAUUAUUUCAAAAGUGGAGGAAGUCUUUAAGACAGACAAUAGCCUCUCAAACCUAACAGAUAUUUACCAAGAUAAUUUCACCAGCAGUGUUGGCAGGCUGCAAGAAGAAGUAAAAUGUCAAAUAAAUAACAAGUUGGAGGCUAGUGUAAGAAAAAAUGACUUGUCCAUAAAGACAAAGGAUUUCCAGGCAACACUUGAGACCGCUCUAGAGGCCAAACUGAAAACUUUGCUCGAGGAAAGCAAGACCAAUGAUGGCAUCCUUGAGGAGAAACAGCUGAAUGAAGAGUUCACUAAAUGUUGGAGUGAAACAUUAUCUAAGCUAGGCCUCAAGCCUUUAGCAACACAAAACAUUACAACAAAAGUGGCUGAUCAGCUGAAGGAGAAUCUUAUGAGCCAUGGAAUCAGCAAGCAUCUGAAUAAACUUAAGGACAUCGUUAACCACGGGACUUCCCCCUUUCUUGUUACUGAUGAGCAUUUUAGCUUCCGUAACAAACUGAAGAAAAUGUUUAACGAAGAUGACAAAGUUGACGCACAGAAGUUUUCUGACAAGGUGAUAAAUGAAUGCGAUAAGUACAUCGAACAGACACUGUGUCAGAAGGAAGACUACCUAGACAGGUAUAUAGAUGACGUGCUGAAAAUUGUUGAUGAUGCCAUGAGUAGGAAGUGGUUUGAUGUCAGAUCCGUGUUUGAGGUGGAUUUGAAAUUGCAUAUCUGUGCUAAAGCUGCAAAGUCUUUCCAAGAGAUGCACAACAACUUUAUCAGGAAGGCAGACCCCCUCAUGCAUUUUGAGGGACUCAGAGAGAGACAGUUCUGGGAAUUUCUUUACAAGUUCCUCAAGAGAGACAAGUGUCAGAAGGCAGCCAGGGACUUCACUCUUCUCUGUCUUAAACCAGCAGCACUUGACUACAUCCAUGGUCCACUGGGGAAAAUGAUUAUAGAAGAGAUGGUCAGUGGUAAGGGUGCAGUUCUUUACCAUUCUCCACAAAAUUUCUGGUAUAAUAUCUUAAAGGAACUGCUCUUGGAGGACAAUUUCAAGAACUUCUUGGAGUAUCUGGUUAACUCUGAGAGCUUCCUUCAGAAGAGGAUCCGACAACAAGUGGUGGAGCACCUUUCCAGCACAGGAAUGUUGGCGGUGCGGAGGCAGGAGCGUUUUGAACAAAUCAUGGGCAAGAUGGAUAGAGCGGUGAGGCAAUGUUUAAAUGACUGGACUGGGGUGCAAGGUGAUACCAAACUGCUGUUGGAACAUGUGUGCAAAAACCUGGAGAGUUGUGGGGAUGUGGUGGUACCUCAGCAUGUCUUGCAGGGCCCUCUCUUUCAGUACAGCAUGGUGUGGAAAGAUGUUGUGGCCUGCUUGCUGCAGUCGCUUGGUGAGAUGUGGCAGUCCCUCACCCAGGAGUUCUCCCAGCUUGGCAACAGUCCUCUUGGAGUCUCUAAAACCUUGGAGGGCCUUUCAAGCAAACCUGAGGAUGAGCUGUAUCUCAGAGUGCGGGGCUGCGAAAAACAGUGCCCCUUCUGCAAGGCUCCGUGUGAUGUGAGGGACACCGAGCACACUGAGCAUAAAUCCCGCCUGCACCGUCCCAAGGGCCUGCUCUCCUUCACCCGCACAGACUCCUCCUCCUUGUCCUACAAUUCUUGCAACUCUAACGUGGCUAGUGACAAUAUGUUCUUGAACAAAGACACAGAUGGACAACCGGUCCCUUAUAAGGACUAUCAGACCAUCUACCCUGAGUGGAUCAUACCCCCAGAGACUCACGGAGUCAACCUGUAUUGGAAGUACGUGCUUGCGAGGUACAAUGAAAGGUUUGCCCAGGAGUACCAGUCUCAGCCAGCACAGCUACCAGAGGACUGGAAGGAAAUCACAAGAGAGGAAGCUUUGGAAAAUCUGAACGAGAUAUUUGGUGUUCCUCAGCCGUGAAAGUGACUGGAGUAUUCUACAAUGUAUUAUAUCACUGUCAGACAGAAUAUUUCUUUAAGGAUUCAUUUUUGUCAAUAUCAUAAUCUAUUCAAGUAAACAAUCCAGUUACAGGUCCCUUUGCAACAAAUUAAGGUGAAUCGUAGAACUGUUAUUCAGGCUUUUAAAAAUAAAAAGAACAAUGUUGAUUUAAAAAUUUAUUUAUAUUUCCAUUACAAAAUAUUUUGAGUGCUCAGAUUUCAAGACCUGUGACAUGUCGUUACCAGUUAAAAUAAUUUCCCAUCUAACUUUGGAAGAUGUUUUUCACAGGAAAAUUUUACAUUUUCAUGUUUGUACUCAGGGGGGCGCGGU